AUGCAAAAAGAAAUUGUAAUUUAUAAAAAUAUAGCAGAAAGUUUAGUUGAAAAAUUAAAAAGUAAUAAUUAUAAAGUGACACACUUUUAUUCAAUUGAUGAUUUAAAUAGAGACGAAUUUCAUAAAUCAUUAUUAAAUGCAAGUGGUAUUGUAGGUACCCAUGUCAGAGUAAAUGAAGAUUUAUUAAAGUAUGCACCAAAUUUAAAAGCAGUUUCAACCAUUUCAGUUGGUUAUGAUGCGAUUGACGUCGAUUGUAUGAGCAAUAAAGGUAUUGCUGUUAUGCACACACCAAAUGUCUUAAAUGAUUCAAUGGCAGAUUUUAUGAUGGCUUUAGUUUUAGCAGUUUCAAGAAAGAUUGUUUUUACAAUGGAUUAUAUGAGAGAUCAUAAAUGGAAUGGUCCAUUACCAUUAAAUUGUUUUGGUCAAGAGGUACACCAUAAAAAAGUAGGUAUUGUAGGUAUGGGCAGAAUUGGUGAGGUAUUUGCAAAGCGUUGUAAAUUAGGUUUCGACAUGGAAGUUUCAUAUUAUUCACGUACCCAACAUAAAUCAGUUGAAGAUCUCUAUGGUGCUAAACAUUUAGAUUUAGAUACUCUUUUAAAAGAAAGUGACUUUGUCGUCGUUAUUUUACCAUCAACACCACAAACCAAACAUAUGUUCAGCCACAAACAAUUCGAAAUGAUGAAAAGAUCAGCAAUUUUUAUCAAUGCAGGAAGAGGACCAGUGGUCGAUGAAGAAGCUUUAAUCGAAGCAUUAAAAUCAAAUAAAAUUGCAGGUGCAGGUUUAGAUGUUUUUGAGAAGGAACCACUUUCAGAAUCACCAUUAUUUUCAUUAGACAAUGUAGUUGUUGUUCCACAUAUUGGCACGUCAACUAUCGAAACUCAAAAUAUUAUGUCAGAAUGCGCAGUAGAUAAUGUUAUCAAUGCUUUAAAUGGAAACAUCGAAAAGAAUUGUGUUAAUUAUAACAAUAUUAAAAAUUUAAUCAAUAAAAAUUAA